GAACAUCCAGGACAGAUCACUCCUCAAAGUGUACAACAAGGACCCUUCACAUGCAUUUAACCACACGCCAAAAACUGUGAAUGGAGACAUGAGGAUGCAGAGAGAAGUUGCUUAUGCAAGAGGAGAAGGCCCUGGUGCCUCUCGGCCUGGAUCCACAGCUCAUCCACCCCAUGCAAUUCCAAAUUCUCCUCCAUCCACUCCUGUGCCCCAUUCCAUGCCUCCCUCUCCAUCCAGAAUUCCUUAUGGGGGCACCCGCCCCAUGGUUAUUCCUGGAAAUGCCACCAUCCCCAGGGACAGACUCUCCAGCCUGCCAGUCUCCAGAUCUAUCUCACCAAGCCCAAGCGCCAUUUUGGAAAGAAGAGAUGUCAAGCCCGAUGAAGACAUGAGCAGCAAAAACAUGGCAAUGUACAGAAAUGAGGGUUUCUAUGCUGAUCCUUACCUCUAUCAUGAGGGACGGAUGAGUAUAGCCUCAUCCCACAGUGGCCACCCCCUGGAUGUCCCUGAUCACAUCAUCGCCUAUCACCGCACAGCAAUUCGGUCGGCAAGCGCUUACUGCAACCCUUCCUUGCAAGCAGAAAUGCACAUGGAGCAAUCACUGUACAGACAGAAAUCAAGGAAAUAUCCAGAUAGCCAUUUGCCUACUCUGGGCUCCAAAACACCUCCUGCCUCUCCUCACCGAGUUGGUGACCUGAGAAUGAUAGACAUGCACGCGCACCAUAAUGUCCACGGGCCCCCUCACACCAUGCAGCCAGACCGGGCCUCUCCCAGCCGCCAGUCCUUUAAAAAAGAGCCAGGCACCUUGGUGUAUAUUGAAAAGCCACGGAAUGCUCCAGGAUUAUCCAGCAUUGUGGACCUCGGGCCUCCUCUAGUUGAGAAGCAAGUGUUUGCUUACAGCACUGCGACAAUCCCCAAAGACAGAGAGACCAGCGAAAAAAUGACGAAGGCCACAGCCAGCAGGAACCACACAGACAGUGGAGGAACUGCCCACGUCUCUGGCGGGAAGAAUCUGGGCAUCCUGGAGUCCAUGGGGCCACCCAGUCAGCCUAUGCCCGCGGACACCUCAGCCAUCCUGCUUGACAUGAGGCAGAGCGUGGCAGAACUCAGGCUCCAGCUCCAACAGAUGCGGCAGCUCCAGCUGCAGAACCAAGAGUUGCUGAGGGAGAUGAUGAAGAAGGCUGAGCUGGAAAUCAGUAGCAAAGUGAUGGAGACAAUGAAGAGACUGGAGGAUCCUGUGCAGCGACAGCGCACCCUGGUGGAGCAAGAGAGACAAAAAUAUCUCCACGAAGAGGAGAGGAUUGUCAAAAAGUUACGCGAGCUGGAAGACUUUGUUGAAGACUUGAAGAAGGACUCUUCGUCUGCCAGCCGAGUGGUGACUCUGAAAGACGUGGAGGAUGGAGCUUUCCUCCUGCGACAAGUGGGAGAAGCUGUCGCCACCCUGAAAGGGGAAUUUCCAACCUUACAAAACAAGAUGCGUGCUGUCCUGCGCAUAGAAGUAGAGGCCGUGCGUUUUCUGAAGGAGGAGCCGUACAAGCUGGACAGCCUCCUGAAGCGUGUGCGGGGCAUGACAGACGUCCUGACCAUGUUGCGGAGACACGUCACCGAUGGGCUUCUGAAAGGCACAGAUGCAGCCCAAACUGCACAGUACGUCGCUAUGGAAAAGGCCACGGCUGCAGAGGUCCUGAGGAACCAGGAGGAGGCAGCCCAUGGCCCUGGGCAGCUCCCGCAUUGUCCAGGUGUCCCUGGCGAUGUGAAGUCAGAGGUGGUGGCCCUGUCUGGCAUGACAGUUCACCAUGCACAGAGCUCCCCUGUGGUCAUCCAACCCUCCCAGCACUCCUCAGCCCUGCUGAACCCCACCCAGAACUUGCCUGGAGGGACUGGUCCCCACACAGCCAGCCCCCCAGCAGCCACACAGGAAGUGACCUCUGUGCUGCAGUCGGCUCCAGGCCCCCAGUCCCCUCAGACACCCAUGAAUGGUUCUACCGUGCAGAGCUUGUUCACUGAAGACAUCCACAGUUCCAGUGCCAGGAACAGGGCGGUGUCCACUGAGAAAGUAGAACGGAAAUGGGAAGAUAAAAGGCAGAACGUGGACCACUGCAAUGGAAAAGAGUUCGAGAAGCUCCUGGCAGAGGCUCAGGCCAAUAUCAUGAAGUCAAUUCCAAACCUGGAGAUGCCACCAGCUUCUGGCCCACUGCCCAAGGGAGAUGCCCCAGUGGACAAGCUGGAGCCUUCAGAAGAUUCUCCAAAUUCAGACCAGGACUUGGACAAGCUAGGGGGGAAGUCACCCCCUCCACCUCCUCCACCCCCUCGGCGAACCUACCUGCCUGGAUCAGGGCUUACCACCACAAGAUCAGGCGAUGUGGUCUACACCAGCAGGAAGGAAUCCACCAGCACUAAGGCAAGCAAUGAAGAUGCUGGACCAAGCCCACAGACUAAAGCCACAAAAUGUCUCACGGAGGAGCCUGCUUCAACCUGGGCACCAUCCCCACCACCAGUCACUGCCUUCUUCUCAAAGGAUGAGGAAGAAGAAGAAGAAGAAGGAGAUAAAAUAAUGGCAGAACUCCAGGCAUUCCAGAAGUGUUCCUUUAUGGAUGUAAAUUCAAACAGUCAUGCUGAGCAGUUCCGGGCUGACAGUCACGCUAAAGAUACUAGGCCAGGCGCCACAGUCCCAUCCAAGGACAAGAAGGGCAUUUUUGGAAGCUGGAGAACAAAGCAAUGCCAGAAUUUGGAAUUUUUCCAUGAAGAUGUACGGACAUCUGAUGUUCAAUAUGAAAAUGGCACCCAAGUGGAAUCUCAAAAGGUUACCACAGGGCCUCUAAGACCUAGUGACCCUCCUAAGUGGGAAAGAGGAAUAGAGAAUAGGAUCUCUGACUCAUCAAGAGCGUCAGAUUUUAAAACAGACAUCUUAACGAAGGAAAGUUCCAUAGCCAAUAAGAGUUUAUUCAGAGACAGUAAAAACUAUCCCCCAAAAAAUGCGCCUAAGGUCAGUUUCAGUGUCUCUGGCCUUAACUCCUUAGAAGAUGACGUGAACAAGGGGCUUAAGGUCUCAGGACUGCGGUACCCUGUACCUGACCCUGAAAACCAGAAGUUGAAUUAUGGAAAGACGAAGGAGAUCGGUCAAGAAGGACAAGAAAACAGUGAUAAUUGUCACGUCCCCUCCCCACCUAGAUCCACGGAUUUGAGCAUCUGUGAUAUCAAAUCACAAGAUCAAGAUGUUCUCCUAACAGAUUUUGGCCAAGUUGUUCUAAGAGCCAAAGGCGCUAGGCACACUACUGUGAACCCCAAUGAGGAUGGAGAACCAAGUCCAAGUUCUCCCACGGAUGAAAACACAGCCACCGAUAACAUCGCCUUCAUGAUUACCAAAACUGCUGUCCAGGUUCUGUCCAGUGGAGAGGUCCACGAUAUAGUGAGCCAAAAGGGACAAGAGGUACAGACGGUUAAUAUCGAUGCCAAAAAAGAGACAACUUCCCAACAAGAAGGAACCGAAAAUGAAGAGCCAGUCGUGUGCCUAGACAAGAAACCAGUUAUUAUCAUUUUUGAUGAACCCAUGGACAUCCGAUCUGCAUAUAAGAGACUUUCGACCAUCUUUGAAGAAUGUGAUGAGGACUUAGAAAGAAUGAUGACAGAGGAGAAGAUCGAGGAGGAGGAAGAGGAGGAAAAUGGAGAUGCUGCAGUUCAGAAUAGCUCUCCCCACGUGUUUCACACACAGGUUUCCCUUCUUAAUAUGGGACAAGCAGAGACAAAAUUACAGCCACACUCCCCAUCAGCAGAGGCCAAAACUCCAGGGGAACAGGAGAUGAAUAAAACUGAGCAAAGCAAGUUCAGCCUGACUGAUUCUCCACAUUUAGAUAGCAAGGGUGACAUGACUGAUGACCAAUUUGAAAGCCCCAAGAAAAAAUUUAAAUUCAAGUUUCCCAAAAAGCAACUUGCUGCUCUUACUCAGGCAAUUCGCACAGGAACCAAAACAGGAAAGAAGACGUUGCAGGUGGUAGUCUACGAAGAGGAAGAAGAGGAUGGUACUUUGAAACAGCACAAGGAAGCCAAGCGAUUUGAGAUCACCAGGUCUCAACCUGAAGACACCCCAAAAAACAUGGCUGACAAACAAGAGCUCCCCAGCUCAGAGAGCACAUCUCCAAUUUCUAGAACUGAUGAAAUUAGAAAAAAUACCUACAGAACUCUGGACAGCCUGGAGCAGACCAUUAAACAGCUCGAAAAUACCAUCAGUGAAAUGAGCCCCCAAACCUUAGUCGAUACCUCGUGCUCCUCCAACAGAGAGCCUGUCACAAGCUCGAUCCACAUAGCCCACGAGGCGUCUCCCCGCUCCUUGCUAGUUCUGGAUGAAGUCCCCCCUGCCCUAGAGCCCCCCACGUCAGUGUCUUCAGCUUCACGUAAGGGCUCCAGUGCCACCCCCCAGACAAGCAGGAUGCCAGUCCCUAUGAGUUCCAAGAACAGACCCGGAAGCCUGGACAAACCUAGCAAGCAAUCCAAACUGCAGGAUCCUCGCCAAUAUCGCCAGGCUAAUGGAAGUGCUAAGAAAGCUGGUGGGGAUUGUAAACCUACUUCCCCCUCCUUACCUGCUUCUAAGAUUCCAGCCUUUUCUCCCAGCUCUGGGAAAAGCAGUUCUCUGCCCUCUUCUAGUGGUGACAGCUCUAACCUCCCUAAUCCACCUGCUACUAAACCAUCGGUUACUUCUAACCCUCUCAGCCCCCAAACAGGACGAUCUGCUCACUCCGCCUCCCUCAUCCCUUCUGUCUCUAAUGGCUCCUUAAAGUUCCAGAGCCCCACUCACACAGGUAAAGGUCACCACCUCUCAUUCUCACUGCAGACUCAAAAUGGCCGAGCAGCCCCCCCUUCUUCCUCCUCCUCCUCCCCUCCCUCCCCUGCCUCCCCGACCUCCCUGAAUCAAGGUGCCAAGGGCCUGAGGACCACCUACACUCCUAGCCUCACCAGCUACAAGGCACAAAACGGAAGUUCAAGCAAAGCCACCCCGUCCACAGCAAAGGAAACUUCUUAAAGGCCAAAUCCUAUUAGGUACAAGGUGGAGUUAAAUUUUGUUAAAACAAAAAAGUUUUCUAGCAGUCUACAACUGUUUUCAUAAGAGAAUGUAACAUACUGCUGUACUGUUCCAGGCUUAAUGCAAGUAUGUGCUCAAUACUGGGUUGAUAGAUUUCAGUAAGGCUUGUUUUGUUCUGUUUUUUUACAUUGUUGCUGUUGUAACUACAUAGUGUUUGCUGCCUACACUCAAGACCCAUUAAAUGAAGUCAGCAUGUAUAACAAAAAGAGUACAGUGAGAGCGAAGGAUGUACGAGACAGAAAACUUGUAUGAAGCAUGUAAAACAUGUAUGAUUCCAGAAAUUUAGUAUGUUUUGUAUAAAAGUAUUUUUCAUUACAGAGACUAGAAGUGAACAGAGAAAUACACAAGUGUGACUAUAUAAAUUGUAAAACAGAUAUUAUAAUAUUUCCUUUUAUUUUAGUGUUAUUUAGCUUUAUUACAGAUUUCUAUUUUUGUCAAGACUUCAUGGUUCCUUUCAAGAUCUUUUUUGCCAAAACAUUUUGAUACUGUAGCAUUGUACAUUUGAGAGUAGCAAGACUCUAAGCCAAGAAACCUCUACACAAGCCAACAGGAGGGCAUCUGUAGAAAGCAACUUAGCAAAACUAUGGCACUGCCAUAGAAAGUAUGUAUCAUAAUUUGCUAGCCCAAGCAAACUCGUUUUUGUUCCUUUCUUUUCGUUGUUGUUGUUUUAAACAUAAUGAGUUUCUCUGUUGUUUUCUCUACUGUAGCGACCCCCUUUGUUUUCUGAAACGUGGUAACCCACACAAUUGCAUUGUGGAUUUUUAAAUGUACACUUCCGUGUGGUUCUGUAGACUGACCGACUUUUGUAAAUAUAUAAAUACAAACAGACAUAAAAAUACUGUAUGUGACAACACAUAGAGUAGUUUUCCCACACCAAAGUUACUUUUUAUGCAUGCUUUAAAAAUCUAUAUUGGGAUGGGCAGAAAUGAGACUAUGAUACAUUUUUAAAAAGCAACACGUUUGCACAGCUAGAGUGUUUUUGUAAAUAAAUGUAUUUGUAUAACACAGUCAUGUAAUAUACAGAACUAUAAGCAGAGACUUUGCAAAACUAAAU